AUGAGAGGAUUUUAUAAAAAUGUUAAUAAUACUCUGGAGGGUGGAAGUUUUAAGAAUCGAUCAUCUGCACAACAACAGGAUGAAACCCUGUCGAUAAAGGAAUUUACUAGGAUUUUGAAGGAAAAAUCUCGUAUUAAUAACUUGUCGGAAAGUGAAUUUGAACAUUAUUUGGGUUUAUUCCCAUCGGAAAGAUAUGACAAUCAUAUUUAUAAUAUUAUUAUGAGUUUUUAUACAAAGAAAUGUAAUUAUUCUAAAGUUGAAAAGACUUUUGAAAAGAUUCAACAUCCAGAUUCUUUCAAUUUGACAGAAUUAUUAAAAGCUUAUGCAUAUGAAGGAAAUGUUGAAAAGGCUGAACAAAUAUUUUCACAAAUCAAGUAUCCUGACAUUCAUAUUUGUAAUUGCAUGAUUUUACUCUAUUCAAAACAGAGAAGUAUUGGAAAUGUGGAGAAGGUUGUUUCACUUUUGAGGCAAAAGAUGGCACCAAAUAAUUACACUUAUUCUCUUCUCUUGGAUGCCUAUUUCAAAGUUGGAGAUAUUGAAAAGGCAGAGUCAACUUUCCAAGAAGCUAUUCAACAAUCUGAUAAUGCCCAACACAAAUUUAUUGAUACCGAAUUGGUAAAUGCUCUCCUUUCGUGUUUCUUCAAUGCAGGUCAAUACGACAAGGUUGAACAUUAUUUCAACCAGUAUAUUUUAGGAGAAAAAUUGGAAGAAUUUGAUUCUGAAAAGAAGAAGGGAAUAAUCAAAAGCCCAAUAGGUGUGAUACCUAAUCAAAGAACUAUCGUUACCAUGCUUUCAACCUAUCACAACACUAAGGAUGAACAAAAAUUCGAGAGUCUCCUCAAAGUAAUGAAUUACUUUGGUGUGAAAUCGAAUGAAUUCAUCGAUACUAAACUAGUUCACCAUUUCUUCAAUGCCAGAAAAUACGAGCAAGUCAUUGAAGUUUACAACAAUAUUAGAAAAUUCAAAGAAAAAUAUCACUACAUUUUCAUUAGAUAUUUCGUUCAAAGUUUUGCAGCCCUAGAUAGAGUUGAAAAUCUCAUGAUGUACAUUCAAGAAUUGGAGCAACAACAGAGAAUUAACACUAGAAACCUUCACAAUAUUAUUUAUGCAUUGGCUCUCGUAAAGAAGGCAGAUCUUGGAGAGGCUUUCUAUCGUAAAUACUACGAUGAAACCAUGGACAAUGAUGGAAAAUUGAGAAUUUGCAACUCAUUACUGCUAUGUUACAUUCGUUCUGGUUGUUUUGAUAAAGCAGCCCUAUUCUACAGCAAAUUCCCAGUUAAACCUGAUAGAAAUACUGAGAGAAUUCUUGCUGAAAAGUUUGAUAGAAAGAAAAAGUAA